AUGUAUUUAUCCCUGCAAACCGUCUGUGGAUGCCAUGGAUACCUUCUGUUUGAAUCUAUCCAUUGCGAUCGAUGUCGUUCACUGAUUCCACAUCAAAUCAGUGAUGAAUCGCUAACUGAGCCUAGUUCAAGCAACAAUGCGAGCAAUGGAAUUCAUAUGAAAUCGUUGCAAAGUAGUAAACACGCGUCUGAAAUUCUUACUCACUAUCAGAGACAACAAGGCAAAAUUACAACUGGUCGCGUUCGUUUCCGAGCGUUAUGUCCGUUUUGUAACAGUGGAACAUAUGUUUUACGCUACUAUUGCCGACGUGAACGGAUCUAUUAUCAUUUACGAGUGCAAAAUUUUGGUGAAAAUGAGCAGAGUACCUAUAGAUCAAUAUCCGAAAGUCAAAAUGCGCACAAUCGACAUCAUUUGAAACACGGCCGAAAGGCUAGUUCGAUGGGCGAAAGCGCUGAUGAUUCUUAUUCAUUAACCGGUUCACUAUACCAUCAACCACCAUCAACGAUUCUAUACGAUCAGAGUGGCAUACCAAAUGCGAAAGAUAUUCAAAUGGAUAAUGAAAAAAGUCUCUAUGCAUUAAAUGAUUUAGAAGGUGACCUAUUUAGUGUGCUGCGUAACGGUCUUUUCUACGAUACAAUUAUACAAUGUCAAGAUAAUGUGAAGCUGCAAGUGCAUCGAUGUAUUCUUGGUGGGCGAUCACCUUGGUUUAGACAUCUGCUAGGCGAAUACCAUGAUUCGGAUUCUCAAGAUGAUUAUGUUUUACAAAUUAGUAUCGAUGAUGUUCAAUCCGAUGUGAUGAAUGAAAUACUGAAUUUUAUCUAUACCAAUCGUUGUUUGAUCAGUUUAAAAAAUGCAUCCGAUUUACUAGUAGCUGCUAAACGAUUUGAAAUUGAAAAACUACGAAAGCAAGUAUCCGAUUUUCUUCUCACGCGACUGACAAUCGAAAAUGCCAUAGAAUUAUUAAUUAGCGCACAUGAGUCAGGCUCCGAUUCAUUGAAAAAUGCGUGCAUUCGUUUAAUUAAUCGUAAUGCAGAAAAGAUUAAACGCACGGAAAAAUGGCGAACAUUCAAAGCAGAAUAUGUUGAUUUAGUACCUGAAUUAUAUGAAAGUCGAAUAGAACGGUUAGUACCCGUCUCAACCGCAUUUUUACCAGAUGUAUUUUCUGGACCGGCAGUACCGUCUGAAAGUCUGCAAACACUAACGAAAUUAUAUGAGAAUCCAGUUAAACGACGUCACGCUUCACCAACUGUAAGAACAAUGCCAACCUCAAGAAAGCAUUCGGCAUCACGUUCUCCUACGCCUACGGCUGACAUGCAUCAUCAAAGUCAAGAGCACGAAUCGAUUACAAUUGGAACGUCAGGGUCAUUUGUUCAGCACACAGAGCGCACACUUCCAUCUGUGACUGAUCGAAAUAGUCCUGCGAGAAAGACAGUUGUAAGUAAAACCAAACGUCGUCCUGCUCCAACACCAGCAGCUCCAGCACAAAUGCGUACCUUCCAUCCAUCUGUUAAACCAAAUUCAGAUGCCGAUUUGCAACGUCGUUCAAUUCAUCAACAUGAAAAAAGUACAACUGGUUCUACAAAUACUCCAAAACAACAACCACCGACUAUUGCUGCAUCACAAAAGACACCCCAAACAACAACAACAACAGCUCAACAAAAGGCUCCGCCAUCGACACAGCAGAAGGCACAACCACUGCCAUCAUCGCAAAAGCAUCCACCACCAACACAACAAAAAGCAGCGCCCAUAGCUCGACAGAAAUCUAUACCGCCAACACAACCACCACCACCACCAUCACUACCACCGCAGCUGCCACACAAAUCACCAUCACUACUAAUUCAAAGAUCACCAUCUCUUACUUCAGAAAAACCUCUACCAUCUACAAUUCCAGCAAAGAUGUCACGCGGCGUUUCUCCUAGGUAUAUUAUAGAAAUUCGAGAAAGUCCUACAUUAUCCGAUCCGGGUGAAGAAGAACGCAUCCAAUUAACACGAGAAAGAAGUGAGGAAAGUAUAUAUUAA